CCAUCUUUUGUGAUCUUUUCCCAACUGCAAAAUCAACAACAGAAUCAUCUCUCUAAGUUGUUACCAUGGAAGAAGAAGCAAGAGAGCAGAAGAUUGCCAGAAAGAAAGUAGCAGUGCUGCCAUGGAUGAGAAGCCCAGUUGAUGUUGGUUCCUUUAAGAAGUGUCCUCUUACUCAACUUCCCUUUCUCCACCCAAGGUUGGAAGCUGCUUUGUGCAGUAGUGGAAUUGUUUCACUUUUUCCUGUUCAAGUGGCAGUUUGGCAAGAGACUGUAGGACCUGGUUCCUUUGAGAGAGACCUUUGUGUGAAUUCACCCACUGGAAGUGGGAAAACCUUAGCCUAUGCACUGCCAAUUGUACAAAGCCUUUCAAAUCGUGCCGUCAAAUGUCUUCGAGCUUUAGUGGUUUUGCCGACUCGUGAUUUAGCUUUGCAGGUUAGGGAUGUUUUUGCCACUAUUGCACCUGCAGUGGGCUUAUCUGUUGGUUUGGCCGUAGGCCAAUCCUCAAUAGCAGAUGAAAUUUCAAUGCUUAUUGAGAGACCAAAAUUGGAGGCAGGCAUCUGUUAUGACCCAGAACAUCAUUCCACGGAGUUGCAAAGUGCCAUAGAUAUAUUGGUGGCAACACCUGGAAGGCUGAUGGAUCAUAUUAACAACACCAAAGGUUUUACACUUGAGCAUCUCCGUUUUCUGGUAGUUGAUGAGACUGAUCGAUUGCUCAGGGAAUCAUAUCAGUCAUGGCUUCCUACAGUGCUUCAGUUCACCAGUUCAAGUGUUGAUGGCCUCUUUGCUUAUGCCAACAACCCUGUUCCUUCUAUAUUUGGUUCCUUGAGGACUAUAAGGAGACUAGGUGUAGAACGGGGAUUUAAGAGUAAACCAUACCCAAGGCUCGUAAAGAUGGUUUUAUCUGCUACCCUAACCCAAGAUCCAAGCAAGCUUGCUCAACUUGAUCUGCACCAUCCGUUGUUCUUGACUACUGGGCAGAUACGAUAUCAGCUUCCGGAACAUCUGGAGUCAUUCAAGUUGAUAUGUGAACCAAAGCUGAAGCCUCUUUACCUGGUUGCUCUAUUACAAAGUUUACAAGGGGAGAAGUGCAUUGUUUUUACAUCAUCAGUCGAGUCAACUCACAGACUAUGCACGUUGCUUAAAUUUUUUGGAGAUUUGGGGAUCAAGAUCAAGGAGUAUUCUGGUCAUCAACAUCAAACUGUGAGAAGCAAGACGUUGAGGGCGUUCAGAGAAGGUGGAAUACAAGUUGUUGUCUCAUCUGAUGCAAUGACUCGUGGAAUGGAUGUUGAAGGGGUUAGAAAUGUAAUUAACUACGAUAAGCCUCCGUAUAUCAAAACAUAUAUUCAUCGUGCUGGUCGCACUGCAAGAGCAGGGAAUUCUGGGCGCUGCUUCACCUUGUUACAUGAAGAUGAGAUCAAGGGGUUCAAGAAGCUCUUAAAGAAAGCUGACAUUGACUCAUGUCCUGUUCAUACAGUCCCAUCGGAUUCAAUAGAGUCCCUCCGAUCGAUCUAUGCUUCUGCUUUGGAGAAACUAAAAGAGAGCGUUGAAAUGGAAGCAUUCAAGAAGCGCAGGAUUGGAUUCAAGUCGAAGCGCUGAAUUAUGCUAAAGAAGAUCGUCGUUGUAUUCUUUUGAUUUCUAUUCUUUUAGAUGGAAAUCUUAAAUUUUGUUUGUUGUAGCAUUAGUCCCAACUGCUUCAGUUUUGUAGUUCAUAGAGAGAUCCCGGUGACAAAUUUUGAAUUGGUGUAUGUAUACUUGUUAGCAGGCAACAUUUAUUGGAAUAGGUUUA